AUGACAACCUUUACUCCCAUCAAGGGUGCUGAGAACCUCCCAUCCAAAUGGGCCUUGACAGAGGACCUGGGUGGACAUGAUAUACCAAUUCGCCUUGAAGGUGAAAUUGGUGAUGUCAUGGUUAGAGGCACCAUCCCAGACUCUGUGGAUGGAACUUUUUACCGCGUGGGGUCAGAUCACUUCACCCCUACACUUUCUGGACACAGUCCCCUCAGCGGCCAUGGGGUUGUCAGUGCCUUUCGCAUCCAUAAGGGUCAAGUGGAUUUCAAGAUACGCUACGUCAAGAAUGACCGAUAUAAGGUCGAGAGAAACAAGAAGCAGAGCCUUUGGAAAGAUGUUCGGGACCAUCCUCUCGCACAGCAUCCCUGCAUACGGGCUGUCUUGAGCACAACAAGCAAUACCAAUGUUGUCUACUGGGCUGGUAAGCUCCUUGCUCUUCAGGAAAUGGACCCUCCAUAUGCUAUGGACCCAGAUACCCUUGAGACCACCGGCUUGGAUCCUUAUGGCAACCAGAUCUCAAGCCCGACCUUCACGGCGCACCCUAAAAUCGAUCCCCAUGCCGAUCACUUGGUUACUUGGGGCAUAGAUCAUGCCAGAAAUGAGAUUAUAUCCUACUCCGUCGACCGCCAAGGUAUCGUCAGGAACGAGCACCGUUUUCAGCGGUCUAUCCCUGGACUCGUGCACGACGUUGCCAUCACAGAGAACUGGAUUGUCUUUUGCCAGUGGCCUACCUCUUUCAAUCCCUCGCCAAAACCUGGUGAAACACAUGCUACCUGGGACACUGAGCGUCCGGCCGUGUUCUACGUGACCCCAAGACGACCAGAACAACCUUUGGCGGGCUCAGGGUGGAAACCCUACGAGCAUCGCUUUUACACGCAUCCUUUCAACUCUGAGAUGGUGCACACGGCCGGCGCUUGGGAGGAGGGAGACAAGAUCUAUUUCGAGGGUACUUGGCCACGAACAGUGCUUUUCCCAUUUUGGUCUACUACUGAUGGACAGAAAAAACCCCCCAAGCAGACGAAUGUGGAUUUGGUUCGUCUUGAGAUUGACAUCAAGCAGCCAACGGAGACUGGCAUUCCCGACCCGGUUACCUUGGUGGAUGCUCCUAAUGAGUUUUGUCGUAUCGAUGAGCGCUACUAUUGCAAGAAGUAUGACCAUAUCUUCAUGAAUAUCUAUUAUUCAGAAGAGAAGGGACCUCUCAGCGAUAAGCAUGUUUUCGAAGGGCUCAAUGCUACUGCAAUGCUCGUUAAGAGCACCGGUAAGCUGGAGGUCUACUACCCGGGACCUCAGUGCCGGUGCCAGGAACCCGUCUUCAUUCCCCGGUCUGAUGACUCUCCAGAAGGAGAUGGCUAUAUCAUUUUUGCAGUUGACCGUCUUGAGUUCAACCUCACCAACCUGGUAAUUCUUGACACCAAGGACUUCCAGAAUCCUGUUGCGGUUAUCGAGCUUCCAAUACGCACGCGAGCUCAGAUCCAUGGCAACUGGGUCGAUGCGAGAGAGCUCAAUGGCCGAGCUCUGGUUGAACCCCCCCCUCUCCACCAUAUGUCCUACAGGCUUGACCCGGCUCCACCAACUACAUCUGAAGAGUAG